UUUUUCCGGCUAUGCGCGCUGAGGCUGCGCAGUGGCACCAAGCUUUUUCCGCGGUCUUCCUUUGCCGUUCAGCAAAUUUUCGCCUUCGACAAAAACUCCAACUUGCGAGCAAUGUCCACCAGGGUUGCCGUGGUAACUGGCGGGAACAAGGGAAUUGGCAAGGCCAUCGUCCAGGCGCUCUGCAAGCAGUUCCAGGGCGAUGUUUACCUCACGGCCAGAGACACGGGGCGGGGUCAGGACGCGGUGUCGUCCUUGUCCUCUGAGGGCCUGAAGGUCCACUUCCAGCAACUGGACAUCAACGACCACAGUAGCAUCAACGCGGCAGCCGCCUUCUUCAAGGACAAGUAUGGCGGCGUGGACGUGCUGGUCAACAACGCCGGCAUCGCUUUUAAAGGUGCUGACACGACUCCAUUUGCCAUCCAGGCCGAGGUCACGCUGAAGACUAACUACUUCGCCACUCUGGACGUGCUGACCCACUUCCUGCCUCUCGUCAAGGCCGGAGGCCGCGUGGUCAACGUGUCCAGCUUCGUCAGCGUGCGCAGUCUGAAUAAGUGCAGCCCGCAGCUGCAGGAGCGUUUCCGCAGCGAGGACAUCACGGAGGAGGAGCUAACGCAACUCAUGCAGCGCUUUGUGGACAGCACCAAGAAGGACCAGCACAAGCAAGACGGCUGGCCUGAGACGGCGUACGGCGUGUCCAAGAUCGGCGUGACGACUCUGUCCAAGAUCCAGGCCAGGCGUGUGUCCAAAGAGAGACCAAAUGAUCAGAUCCUGGUGAACGCGUGUUGUCCCGGGUGGGUGCGCACCGACAUGGCCGGACCCAAAGCCCCCAAGUCUCCAGAGGAGGGCGCCGUGACGCCCGUCUACUUGGCCCUGCUCCCUGCCGGCGCCACGGAGCCUCACGGCGAGUUUGUGUCCGACAAAGUGGUCCAAGCCUGGUGAAGGUUCUUUUCAGUCCACUCUUUACUCUUCUUUGAAUCCAAACACUCAUAAUUUAAUCCAAGCAUUCUUAAAUAAAGGGAAUAAACAUUUUUUAUAGCAGCUUUAAAAUCAAAAGACAAAUCAAAUGAGUCACAUUACUGAACGCUAACAUGUUUUCAACUGUUUUGUGCUUGAUGAAGUUGCUCAGUCAUGUCAAAGUCAUGUGACCAGUCAUGUGACUUUCCCAGGCUGUGAAAAUAGUGUGCCAAAUAAGCUAGCUCAUUUGCAAAAGUAUAUUUUUGAUCAAUUUAACGAUUGUAAUGUUUACUGGUAGGAAAAAUAUUGCAAUUGAAAGGUUCUUACUAGAGAUGUCCGAUAAUGGCUUUUUUUUUCAGAUAUUCCCAUAUUGUCCAAUUCUUAAUCACCGAUUCCGAUAUCAACCGAUACCGAUAUAUACAGUCGUGGAAUGAACACAUUAUUAUGCCUGAUUUUGUUGUGAUUCCCGGCUGGAUGCAUUAAACAAUGUAACAAGGUUUUCCAAAAUAAAUCAACUCAAGUUAUGGGGAAAAAAAUGCCAACAUGA